AACCCCCUCAGAGUUCAGCGCCGACCCCCCCUGAAGUCUACUCUAAACCUCGGAUGACGAUAGCUCCAGGCCCCGCUCCGACCCCCCUUAAAGUCUCCUCUCAACCCCCUCAGAGUUCAGCGCCGACCCCCCCUGAAGUCUACUCUAAACCUCCUCCUUGGCUAGCUCCAGGCCCCGCUCUGACCACCCUUAAAGUCUACUAUCAACCUCCUCAGAGUUCAGCACCGACCCCCCCUAAUCCCCCCUCUCAACCUCCUCAGAGUUCAGCUCCAUCCCCCCCUAAAGUCUCCUCUCAACCUCCUCAGAGUUCAGCCCCGACCCCCCCUAUAUUCUCCUCUUUUUCUUAUGUGGUGCCCGCCCCCGCAAAACCAUAUCGGCAAACAGUCACGAUGCGCUUCCACGAAAGUGCCCACUCAGUGACCGAAGGGAAGGUCGACCAAUCAGCUGCCUCCUCUUACCGGCCCGCAGGUAAGGCUCCUGAAUUUUGCGCUAAUCGACAUAUU